GUUUGUCUAUGUGUUUGUGUUUAGUAGUGGAGAAGAAAAACAUUUUCUAAAUUGACUAAAUCGCAAUUUGACUGGCGACCUCGAGUUCCUCAAAUUAUGUUUCGCAGCCGUAGCUGGUUUGGCGGACCCUGGGGUGGCCGCCCCAAAAAUCGCCUGUCGCUGGAUCAUCUAAAAUACCUAUACAGCAUUCUGGAAAAAAAUACUACCGUGUCAGAGAACAAUCGUGGUCUUUUGGUGGAAUCGUUGCGUUGCAUAGCCGAGAUCCUAAUCUGGGGAGAUCAGCAUGAUUCCCUUGUAUUUGACUUCUUCCUGGAGAAAAACAUGCUCUCGUACUUUUUACAUAUAAUGCGCCAAAAAAGUGGAGGCUCUAGCUUUGUAUGCGUUCAGCUGCUUCAAACUCUCAACAUCCUUUUCGAAAACAUACGCAACGAAACAUCUCUAUAUUACCUACUGAGCAAUAAUCAUGUGAACUCGAUUAUGGUGCACAAAUUCGACUUUUCCGACGAGGACGUGAUGGGCUACUAUAUACUCUUUUUGAAAACGCUUAGUCUUAAGCUAAACACACAUACGAUACAUUUUUUUUAUAAUGAGCAUACGAAUGAUUUCCCUCUUUAUACGGAAGCUAUUAAAUUCUUUAAUCAUCCCGAGUCCAUGGUGCGUAUAGCUGUCCGUACAAUCUCUCUAAAUGUGUACAAAGUGCAAAACUCAAGCAUGUUGCGUUUUAUAAGGGAUAAAACGGCAGCACCCUAUUUCAGCAAUUUGGUUUGGUUCAUUGGAAAACACAUUCUAGAAUUGGAUAGUUGUGUACGCACGGAUAUCGAUCAUCAAUCGAACCAAAAGUUAUCUAAUCUAGUUGCCGAGCAUUUAGAUCAUUUACAUUAUUUGAGCGAUAUUCUAUUGCUGGACAUCAAGGACCUAAACGCUGUGCUGACAGAACAUUUGCUACACAAGCUUUUUGUGCCGUUGUAUAUAUUUUCAUUGACGCCAGCACCGCCCCCUCCCUCCCUGGCUGUUGUCACUCAAAAUUUGGCAGCAGUGCUGAAUCGCAAUGUAAACAUUGACAUACAGGAAAUGAACAAUCCGCGAGUGAGCUCGAUUGUGGCUUUGUAUCUGUUGUCUUUGGUUUUCUUGGUGGUGACACAUGCCCCACUAGUGCAUGCCCUGGCAUGGGUCAUCCUCAAUGGCGAUCACAGUGUGUUUAAGGAAGGUGCUGCCGAGAUUCUAAACUCAUAUGUAGAACAUCGGGAGGUUGUAGUGCCAGGAUUUGCUGAGCCAAACGAAAGCCUUGAACAAGCUUUAGACACGGUCACCGGACAAUCGUCCUCAAGCUAUAACCUGAGUGAAGACAGCGGCGUAGAAUCUGCCACAGUCAAUGAAUUGGAAACCCAUCUACACACAGAUGUGGAAUUAGCGGAGGCAGCCAGGAUGCGUAACAUAACCGACGAAGAGAAACAAAAACAAUUGCUUCAACAAUCAACAUCUUCAUCAUCGUCGGCAAUUGCCAAACCAUUUCUGGAUACAGUUCUUCAGGCACUUGACUGUACUGAAAAUGACUAUUUGGCCCUCCUGUCUCUAUGUCUAAUCUACGCUAUGUCUCAUAAUCGAGAUGGUAUAAAAAACGAAUGGUUUGACCAGGUACUAUCCAAGUCUACACGAGGUUCCUUUAGCUACAAGACAGCACUGAUUGAACAAUUGCUGAACAUCAUUACACAAUCGAGCCAGCCGUCCUGCCGCAUUCGCUUGAUUACUGUGGAGAUUGCAUUAGAGCUGCUGGUUACAUUCACCAAACCCAUUUUGGAUGAGGCACGAUGCAUCACAACAUCGCAGCAGGAGCUUCUUUUCAGUGCCCGAAAUCAGUCGAUGAUUGUACUUCGAAAUUUCUAUAAAUCGGAGGAUAUCUUUCUCGAUCUCUUUGAGGACGAGUACAAUGAGAUGCGAAAGGCACAAUUAAAUGUGGAGUUUUUGUGCAUGGACUCGACAAUCUUGCUUCCCCCUACUGGUACACCAUUAACGGGAAUCAAUUUUACACGUCGCCUGCCGUGCGGGGAAGUGGAGAAGGCCCGUCGUGCUAUACGUGUGUAUUUCCUAUUACGAAGAACGUGCCAAAAAUUCUUAAAUGAGAAAGAAUCCUUGCUGCCGUUGACCAAUGUAGUCAAUCUGGUGCAGGUGGAGAAUGUUUUAGAUUUGAAUAAUAGUGACCUGAUUGCAUGCACUGUGGUGUCCAAGGAUAAUGCGAAACAAAGAAGAUUCCUAGUUAUUGAUUCUUUGCAACUUAUUCUUGUGGAACCAGAUUCAAAACUCUUGGGUUGGGGCGUGGCUAAAUUUGUUGGCUUCCUACAGGAUGUAGAGGUGCAGGGAGAUAAGGAUGACUCUCGCUGUUUGCACAUCACUGUCCAUCGUGGCGGUGUCACCCACAAUCGAACUCCACUACUCUCGGCCAAAUUCCUUUUCGAUGAUCAUAUACGCUGCAUGGCUGCCAAACAGCGUCUCACCAAGGGACGCAGUAAAGCUCGGCAGAAGAAAAUGUACCAAAUAGCUCAGCUAAUCGAAAUUCCCGGACAAAUGGACUCUCCGAUGUUUGCUGUGUGCGGCACGGGAGGUACAAACUCAAGCGGCAGCAGCAGUUCGCGAAGUAGUCAUCAUCGUUCAAUAUUCUCUACGGCUAAUCGUGUGCCAGGAUUUGCAGCCGUUUUACGCACUAGCCACAAUAGUGCUGGAGUGAGUCGUACUCAAAUUGCCCAAAAUCGUUCUAUUGAGGGCAUUCGCAAUGAAAGCUCAGGACGCUCCCGUCGUCGUAGUCCGAAUGGCAGCUCUUCAAACACAUUAAGAACGGAUGUGGAUAGGGAUCGAUCGCCAAGCGUAAGUGUCGGCAGUCAUAGCUCAUCACAGUCACGUGAAAACUCUCAGCCAAGAAGUGGUGGAACUCGAUCCCGCGAAAGUAGUCCUCGAAUGCCUAGGCCAAGGUCAGAAGAAAUACCACUGGAGGAUUUCCAACAUUCGCGCAAUAAUAGUCCACACUCGCGAGGCAAUCCUUCGCCAUCCUCACGCUCUCAUACUCCCUCUCGUUUGCUACACUAUGAGCAAAUCUCUGUACAUAGUGGAUCACCACGUGCGGAAGCAGCAUCGCUUACGGGCACGAAUGCAUUGUUAAGCCAACUAAAUGGUGUAACCGUUGCCAAAGAAGUCCUGCCUGUCCAUAGCUCCGAGGAAACCUCUUUUAUAGCCAACGAUAGCGAAGGCGCCGAGUCCAGGCGCAAGGGGGCAAUAGAAACAGUUUAAAAUCUUAGACUUUUACAUUUUAUUAGUAUUAUAAAGACACUAGAGGUUUACUUGUUGUUUAAUUUUUAUGUCGAGUGGUUUGUACCCCUUAAUACACAUAUUUUUAACAAAUUAAAGUUUCACUUGACGAAUUUCAAA